AUGAAAACCAACUUCGACGCCCUACCACGGGAACUUGUCUUUCAGAUCGUCGACCAUUGCGACACCAAAUCCACCGCAAACCUCUCAGUGAGCUGCAAGGACAUGCAAGCCACGCUCGAAGAGACCGCGAAGAGAAAAGCAAGCCUGUUCCGCAAAGCCCUACCAUCCGACGAGAUAUACAAGGAAUACGGCUUCAUAGACCCAAAGGGCUACUGGAUGCGAGACAACGGCGAAGUGAACGGCGAGAACCGCGACACCUUCGAAGAAUUCGAGCACGUCACGCCAGAAGACAACGAGCUCUUCGCUCAAGCCGUGCGCAGCGGCAACAUGCAUGAAGCGCACAAAUACCUUCAUCUAGGCGUCGACCCGAACUCGCACUGCCUCGGCGGCGCACGCAUGCUCAGUCUCGCCGUCCACUCUCGCUCGUCCGACAUGGUCCACCUGCUCGCCAACUACGGCGCCGACCUCAACGCCAUCGACUACGCCACCAGUAUGAGCGCCCUGGCGCACGCCAUCUACACCCAGCAGCCGGAUCUCAUCCGCGCGCUGAUCGAGCUGGGCGCUGAUGUCAACAAGCACGGUCUUGCGGCUUAUAUUGCCCACACGUGCACUGCGGAGAUCAUGGCUGUUUUCCUGGAGGCGGAGCCGAGGCUGGAUUUGACUCAUCUUGGUCAGCUGGUGUGGACGGAUCACCCUGCCUGGGAGGAGGACAAUGGGUGGGCGAUUAUGCACCAUGUGGCGGUGCGUGGGGAUCUGGAUAUGUUCGGAGUUCUCUUGCCGCAUGUCUCGGCGGAGAUGAUCAAUGCUCGGUCUGUUUAUGAGGAGACGCCGCUUCAUCUGGUCGUGGAACGGGGCCAUCAUGCACUUGCGUUGGCGUUUAUGUCCCAUGGCGCGGAUGUCAACGCUCGUGAUUUGGACGGCUAUAGUCCGCUUGACCGCGCGCUGGUCGGGGGCCAUUGGGACAUUGCACGUAGCAUCAUUGAGCGGUGGGAUGUGAAGCUUGGGAUUGAGGAUGCGAAUGGCUUUACCGAGCUCCAUACUGCGGUACGGGCUGGGAAUGUGGACAUUAUUCGAUUGCUUCUACGUCGGGGCCAGAAGGUCCGGAGAGGAAACUGUUCGGAGACUCCGCUCUCUAUUGCUAUUGAGAUGAAGCGUCUUGAUAUUGUUAAAAUUAUCUGCGAGGAGUCUGUCAACGACCAUCCGUUUAUCAACGACGACGACCAGGGUGAUGAGCAAUUCGCUUCUUACGAAUUGGCUCUAGAACUUGGGCUGCACGAGAUGAAGGAUUAUUUGACAUCUGUCCCCAAAGUGCGCUAG